AAGCCUGGGCGCAGCGGUAGCGCAGGAAUCAUUCCCAGCUCAGCAAUAGACAAGCGAAAAUCGAGACAGUACGGUAUUAGUGUGCAAACGGUGAAUAGAAGGUUUUCUUCCCCCCCAUAGGGUGUAACAGUCCCGAUAGAGUGGUGCCCGGUUUCUUCGUGAAAACUGUGUCCUGAAACAAUUAAAAGAAUAAACCAGCAAUGAAGCUAUUGAAACAGACGGCCCUGGUGGUCGUGCUGGCCGUGUUGGCCUGUUCGGCGGAGGAAAAGAAGGAAAAGGACAAGGAUAUCGGCACGGUGGUCGGUAUCGAUCUCGGCACCACCUACUCCUGCGUCGGUGUGUACAAGAACGGGCGCGUGGAAAUCAUUGCCAACGACCAGGGUAACCGCAUCACGCCGUCCUACGUGGCAUUCACGGCCGACGGUGAGCGUCUGAUCGGAGACGCCGCCAAGAACCAGCUGACGACCAAUCCGGAGAACACCGUGUUCGAUGCGAAGCGUCUGAUUGGCCGCGAGUUCACCGACCACACGGUGCAGCACGACAUCAAGCUGCUGCCGUUCAAGGUGAUCGAGAAGAACUCCAAGCCGCACAUCAGGGUGUCGACCGGCCAGGGCGAUAAGGUGUUCGCGCCGGAGGAGAUUUCCGCGAUGGUGCUGGGCAAGAUGAAGGAAACGGCCGAAGCGUACCUGGGCAAGAAGGUGACCCACGCCGUCGUUACCGUGCCGGCGUACUUCAACGAUGCGCAGCGCCAGGCGACGAAGGACGCCGGAACGAUCGCCGGUCUGGUGGUGAUGCGCAUCAUCAACGAGCCGACUGCGGCCGCCAUCGCUUACGGACUGGACAAGAAGGACGGCGAGAAGAACGUGCUGGUGUUCGAUCUGGGCGGCGGUACCUUCGACGUCUCGCUGCUGACCAUCGACAACGGCGUGUUCGAGGUGGUGGCCACGAACGGUGACACCCAUCUGGGCGGCGAAGAUUUCGACCAGCGCGUCAUGGACCACUUCAUCAAGAUGUACAAGAAGAAGAAGGGCAAGGACAUUCGCAAGGACAACCGCGCCGUCCAGAAGCUGCGUCGCGAGGUGGAGAAGGCGAAGCGUGCCCUGUCGGCCAGCCACCAGGUGCGCAUCGAGAUUGAGUCGUUCUUCGAGGGCGAUGACUUCAGCGAGACGCUGACCCGUGCCAAGUUCGAGGAGCUGAACAUGGACCUGUUCCGUUCGACGAUGAAGCCCGUGCACAAGGUGCUGGAGGAUGCCGACAUGACCAAGAACGACGUGGACGAGAUUGUGCUGGUCGGCGGGUCGACCCGUAUCCCGAAGGUGCAGCAGCUGGUGAAGGAGUUCUUCAACGGCAAGGAACCGUCCCGCGGCAUCAACCCGGACGAGGCCGUCGCGUACGGUGCAGCCGUGCAGGCGGGCGUGCUGUCCGGUGAACAGGACACCGAUGCGAUCGUGCUGCUCGACGUGAACCCGCUCACCAUGGGCAUCGAGACGGUCGGCGGAGUGAUGACCAAGCUGAUCCCGCGCAACACCGUCAUCCCGACGAAGAAGUCGCAGAUCUUCUCGACCGCCUCGGACAACCAGCACACCGUCACGAUCCAGGUGUACGAGGGCGAGCGCCCGAUGACCAAGGACAACCAUCUGCUCGGCAAGUUCGACCUGACCGGCAUUCCGCCGGCGCCGCGCGGCAUCCCGCAGAUCGAGGUGUCGUUCGAGAUCGACGCCAACGGCAUCCUGCAGGUGUCGGCCGAGGACAAGGGCACGGGCAACCGGGAAAAGAUCGUUAUCACCAACGACCAGAACCGCCUGACGCCGGACGACAUCGAGCGCAUGAUCAAGGAUGCGGAGCGGUUCGCCGACGACGACAAGAAGCUGAAGGAGCGCGUGGAGGCCCGCAACGAGCUCGAGAGCUACGCGUACAGCCUGAAGAACCAGCUCAGCUCGAAGGACAAGCUGGGAGCGAGCGUGUCCGACGAUGACAAGGCCAAGAUGGAGGAGGCGAUCGACGAGAAGAUCAAGUGGCUGGACGAGAACCAGGACACCGAGGCGGAAGAGUACAAGAAGCAGAAGAAGGAGCUGGAGGACAUCGUGCAGCCCAUCAUUGCCAAGCUGUACGCGAGCAGUGGCGGUGCCCCACCGCCGGCCGGCGGCGACGAGGACGACGAGCUGAAGGAUGAGCUGUAAGUUCCAGCAGCAGCGGCGGGGACCGAUCACACCCCACCCACCUUCCAUCCCCCCAAAAGGACGGUACUUCACAGCCCAACUUUCCGCGAGGAAUGCAAAACAAACAAAACCAGCCGCCUUUCAUCCACUCCAUCUCGCUGUGUCUCCGAACCGUGUGUGUGUGGGGGGGAAUAAUUCUCCAUUCCUCGGACACACACCCUUCGGAGUGACAGCUUCAUAGUAAUCGACCUCAUCAUCAGCGUGUAAGAAGAGGAAGUAUAGUCGUCGCGUUGUCUUCGUCCUAUUCCCCCCUUUGUUCUGAGGCGCAGUGCGCAUCGCGACGAACCGGGUAAGAAGAUAUUUGGACAAGAAAGAUGUGGCGCGCACAAUGACGCCACGUUUUGCGUUCGUGUGGCGAGGCUCAUCUUAUUUUCUAGAUGAGUUGUUAAGCUCUCCCAAACGCGUGUGCACAAACGCACACACGCAAAACACACCCAAAACACACCACCCAAGUCAUGGGGGGAAAACAAACCACCACAAAGUGUGUCGAUUUUGGAAGAUCCCGAUGCCGAGGUUUGAUUUUCCCAUUUUUGUUCUGUCGUCCACUCAACAGUGUGUCUGUGUGUGUGUUUGCGUCUGUGUGUUGAAGAACGAAUCGUUUCCGAUCUUUUUUUAUUUAUUGAGCGAGAGAUGCGCUAGAAACAAUGCUAGAAGGUAAUACUUAAUGAACACACCCUGCAAGGCAUUUUGAUAGGAAGGAGCUCACAAUUUAGCAAACAAAAAACGGGAUUAAUUUAGGUGAUUUGUGUGUGCGCGGUGUGUGCGUGUGUCUGUGAUGAGCCCUUCCAAGCCAAUCAGGAAAAUGAUUUGUAGAGUCUGCAACACCACCAUCAACGAGAACAACUAAAAUAGCAACACACACACGCACACAUUGCGCCCUGACAAAGACAAAUAGAACUAGAGAAGAAAUUAAA